UUAAAGUUCGCUAUUCAUAAUAUAUGUUUGCUAUAAGUAUAUUCUUCCGUUCAAGUGAUAGAUUCACUUUGUCCAAUCCAAUCAUCUAAAAAAUUAUCAUAUUCAGAUGGCUAGCAGCAGCAACUCGUCUACGGCUCUGGUGCCUUUGCCAAGGAGAAAUUGUUAUGACGUGUUUGUCACCUUCAGAGGUGAAGAUACUCGCAACAAUUUCACUAAUUUUCUUUUUGCUGCCCUUGAAAGAAAAGGUAUUUAUGCUUUCAGGGAUGACACAAAUCUUCCAAAGGGUGAAUCCAUAGGACCUGAGCUCCUUCGAACAAUCGAAGGAUCUCAGGUUUUCGUUGCUGUCUUAUCAAGAAACUAUGCUUCUUCAACAUGGUGCCUGCAAGAAUUAGAGAAGAUUUGUGAAUGCAUCAAGGGAUCUGGAAAAUAUGUUCUUCCUAUUUUCUAUGGUGUCGAUCCUUCUGAGGUAAAAAAGCAAAGUGGGAUUUAUUGGGACGAUUUUGCCAAACAUGAACAAAGAUUCAAACAAGACCCUCAUAAGGUGUCAAGAUGGAGGGAAGCUCUAAACCAAGUGGGGAGUAUCGCUGGUUGGGAUCUACGUGAUAAGCAGCAAUCCGUAGAGGUUGAAAAGAUUGUUCAAACGAUCUUGAAUAUAUUGAAGUGCAAAUCUUCAUUCGUUUCAAAAGAUUUAGUUGGGAUAAAUUCUCGUACAGAAGCAUUAAAACAUCAGUUACUUUUGAAUUCGGUUGAUGGUGUUCGUGUUAUAGGAAUUUGGGGGAUGGGAGGAAUAGGGAAGACAACCCUUGCUAUGAAUUUAUAUGGCCAAAUCUGUCAUCGAUUUGAUGCAUCCUGUUUCAUUGAUGAUGUAAGCAAAAUUUUUAGAUUACAUGAUGGUCCAAUUGAUGCACAAAAGCAAAUCCUACAUCAAACUCUUGGCAUAGAACACCAUCAAAUAUGCAAUCAUUAUAGUGCAACUGAUUUGAUAAGACAUAGGCUAAGUCGUGAAAAGACCCUUCUAAUUCUUGAUAAUGUGGAUCAAGUUGAACAAUUGGAAAGAAUAGGUGUGCAUCGUGAAUGGUUAGGUGCAGGUAGUAGAAUCGUUAUCAUUUCAAGAGAUGAACAUAUAUUGAAAGAAUAUAAAGUGGAUGUAGUUUACAAAGUUCCACUGUUGGAUUGGACCGAGUCUCACAAGUUAUUUUGUCAAAAAGCUUUCAAACUUGAGAAAAUUAUCAUGAAAAAUUAUCAAAAUUUGGCAUAUGAGAUACUGAAUUACGCUAAUGGUCUACCACUAGCAAUUACAGUAUUGGGCUCAUUUUUGUCUGGUCGUAAUGUGACUGAAUGGAAGAGUGCAUUGGCUAGACUGAGACAAAGUCCAAAUAAAGAUGUCAUGGAUGUGCUUCAAUUAAGUUAUGAUGGGCUAGAGGAAACGGAAAAAGAAAUAUUUCUUGAUAUUGCUUGUUUUUUCAACUCUCGGAAUGAGAAAAUUAUUAAAAACAUUCUAAAUUGUUGUGGAUUUCACGCUGAUAUUGGAUUUAUAGUUCUCAUUGAUAAAUCACUAAUAACCAUUCAUGGUUCAAUUGUUGAAAUGCAUUCUUUGUUGGAAGAGUUAGGCAGAAAAAUUGUGCAAGAAAAUUCAAGCAAAGAGCAAAGAAAGUGGAGCAGGAUGUGGUCCAAACAACAACUCUACAAUGUUACGAUGGAGAAUAUGGAAAAACAUGUUGAAGCCGUAGUUUUUUUUGGUGGGAUUGAUAAGAAUGUUGAAUUCUUGUCAACAAUGAGUAAUCUUAGAUUGCUAAUCAUCAGGCACGAUGAAUACUAUAUGAUAAACAACUACGAACUUGUGAUGUUGAAGCCAUAUAGUCUAUCAAACAAAUUACGAUAUGUUCAAUGGACUGGAUAUCCUUUCAAGUAUCUGCCAUCAAGUUUUCACCCUGCUGAACUUGUAGAAUUGAUUUUGGUGAGAAGCUGCAUUAAACAACUAUGGAAAAACAAGAAGCAUCUUCCCAAUUUGAGAAGAUUGGAUCUAAGUGACUCCAAGAAGCUAGAAAAGAUAGAAGAUUUUGGACAGUUUCCUAAUCUUGAGUGGUUAAAUUUGGAAAGAUGUAUAAAACUUGUGGAGUUGGAUCCAUCUAUUGGACUUCUAAGAAAGCUUGUUUACUUGAAUUUAGAGCGUUGCUAUAAUCUAGUAAGCAUACCCAACAACAUAUUCGGUCUUAGCUCUCUUAAAUAUCUAAAUAUGUCUGGAUGUUCCAAAUUAAUGAAGCCUGGUAUAUCCUCAGAAAAGAAGAAUAAGCAUGAUAUAAGGGAAAGUACAUCACAUUGCCGAUCAACGUCCUCUGUCUUCAAAUUGUUCAUUUUUCCUAACAAUGCAUCAUUUUCGGCUCCCGUAACACACACAUAUAAGUUGCCUUGCUUUCGUAUUUUAUAUUGUUUGCGUAACAUUGACAUUAGCUUUUGCCAUCUAAGCCAUGUUCCUGAUGCAAUUGAAUGUUUACAUCGGCUAGAAAGAUUAAAUUUAGGGGGAAAUAAUUUUGUGACACUACCUAGCAUGAGGAAGCUUUCCAGACUUGUAUAUUUAAAUUUGGAGCAUUGCAAGUUGUUGGAAUCGUUGCCUCAACUUCCUUUUCCAAGCACUAUUGGGCCGGAUUAUCAUGAGAACAACGAAUAUUAUUGGACUAAAGGAUUGGUCAUUUUCAACUGUCCAAAAUUGGGUGAGAGGGAAUGUUGUAGUAGCAUAACAUUUUCAUGGAUGAAACAAUUCAUUCAGGCAAACCAACAAUCCUACGGUCCGUAUUUGUAUGAGCUUCAAAUUGUUACUCCAGGAAGUGAAAUACCAAGCUGGAUCAACAAUCAGAGCAUGGGUGGUUCAAUACUAAUAGACGAAUCUCCUGUUAUACAUGACAAUAAGAAUAAUAUCAUUGGCUUUGUAUUUUGUGCAGUAUUUUGCAUGGCACCUCAAGAUCAAACAAUGAUAGAAUGUCUUCCAUUGUCUGUUUAUAUGAAAAUGGGUGAUGAGAGGAACUGUAGAAAGUUUCCGGUAAUAAUCGAUAGAGAUCUUAUUCCGACCAAAUCAAGUCACCUAUGGCUAGUCUACUUUCCCCGAGAGUACUAUGAUGUUUUUGGAACUAUCCGCAUUUAUUGUACCAGGUAUGGACGUCAAGUUGUGGGUAUGGAUGUGAAGUGUUGCGGGUAUCGUUGGGUAUGUAAACAAAACUUACAAGAGUUCAACUUAACAAUGAUGAAUCAUGAAAAAUCCUUGGCUUCGAAAUGUAAGAUUUUGGCAAUUGAAGAUGAGACACAACCACAACCACAAUCAGAACAAGAAUCAUUCACCUCACAAGUCAUAACUACUUCACAGAGAAGAAAGUCAACAAGUGAUAACAAGUCAAACGCAAAAACAAUCUCUGUUUUCAACCGCAAGCAGAGAAAUAAAUCUCGAACCUCCAUAUCAGCCACAGAAACUGAAGUAUCCGCGGAGGCACCGAAUUCACCUGUUGCAAAUGAAGUUUCUACUGAAUCUCAACAGAAAAAAAUCUCGAACCUCCAUAUCAUUGGUCAAUUCAUUGGUCGGUUCCUCAGCAACUGUUGCCAACAAGGUAGCACAGAUACGGACACGGACACUGUAAAUUCAGAUGCUGAAAGUUUGGUUUCUCAGGAAGAUUCAGAUGCUGUAAUUUCAAUUAUUGAAGAAGCUAUUCAGACAGAUAUUGCAACAUGCAAUGUCGAAACUGACUUACCAGUUGGUCGGUUCCUCGAGAACUGUUGCCAACAAGGUAGCACGGAUACGGACACGGACAUCAGAUACGACACAGACACUGUAAACUCAGAUGCUGAAAGUUUAGUUUUUGAAGAAGACUUGGAUGCUGUAAACAAUUAUUGAAGACCUCAAAUGCACCAGCUCCUCAAGAAGGAGAAGGUGACAAUGAUGGGUUCCAGAGAACAAUGAGAUCGGUGCUAGUUUGACAGGACAAAGUGGUGAUUUGUCUUCUGAGAGAAUCUUGAAUAUAGGUUAUGCUUAAUGCAUUUUCAAAUCCUGCUUGCUUGAUUGAAUCAGUGUUGUCAAUCGUGUAUCGCCGAAAGUAACAAUUUCUUACCGCUACACAAUAGUUUUAUAGCACCACUAUAGAUGCUAUUUCACAACAUUUUGCACUAACUAUCGUAAUUCUGAGCAAUAGCAAUUUGUUCAUAUUCCACUCGCUGUAGCAAUAUUCCACUUGACUGAUAUUACACAUAAUAGCUAGCUUAUUUAGCUUAUUACACAUAACGGAUAGAGGAUUUUUUUUUCCUAUAUGGAGAUGGAGGAUUUUUUUUCUUUUUGUUAUGAAGGGAGUUUCAUUUAACCUUGAAUCCUCUAUUGACAGAUGUAACAGAAGAAAACGAUCAAGUUCCCACUCCUGAAAGUCCUGCACCUGAAGAAGUGCCAGAACAAACACCAGUAGCAUCACAAGUUGAAGAAGUUGCAAUUGCAUUAAAAAAAAAGAAGUGUAUCUAACUCUAAUAGACAAACUGGCAUUACAACUUUAGAUGAAGGCCUGAGCAAAGCAACUAUAUCACCAGCACUUGUGAAGCAACUUCGGGACGAAACAGGAGCUGGAAUGAUUUGGACUGCAAAAAUGCUCUAUCAGAGAGUGAAGGUGACAUUAUCAAAUCACAGGAACUCCUUAGGAAAAUAGGCUUAGCGAGUGCAGACAAGAAAGCAUCCAGAGCAACUGCCGAAGGAAGGAUCGUUCUUGAUCUUGUUGGUUCUUUUGUUUAAAACGUCACCAAUGUAGGAUCAUACUUCAUUUUUAAUGUAUGUUCCCAAAAGUCUAGCCGACCAUUUUAAAAGGAAAUCAACGGUACUGGUCUCAGCCUUUUUGGUUAAGCAACUGCGAGAAGAAACCGGUGCAGGGAUGAUGGACUGUAAGAAAGCUCGUGCCGAAACAGAAGGUGAUCUUGAAAAGCCGCAAGCAUAUCUCAUCAAAAAGGGUCUCUCAUCCGCUGAUAAGAAAUCCGGGAGACUAGCAGAAGAAGGAAGAAUCGGUACAUAUCACUCGCGAUUCACACAUUGGUGUUCUAAUUGAAGUGAACGGUGAAACCGACUUUGUUGGCAGAAGUGAGAAAUUUAAGGAGUUGGUUGACGAUCUUGCAAUGCAAGUAGCUUUUUGGUCCACAGGUUCAGUUUGUUACGAAGGAAAUCUUUCUCUUCUAGAGAAGCCUUUCAUUAAGGAUGACAGUGUUUCAGUGAAAAACUUGGUGAGGCGAAGUAUAGCUGGCAUUUGCGAGACCAUUAAAGUGUGGCGUUUUCCAGACCAUCGACCUAUCUCAGAAUUCUUACAAAAUAUUUCUAAUUGUUGAAUGUCUGUUCUGCCCCCCCCCCCCCCUUUGGAUUGCAGCAACUAUAUUACCAGCAUUUGUAAGGCAACUUCGCGACGAAACAGGAGCUGGAAUGAUGGAGUGCAAAAAUCCUCUAUCGGAGAGUGAAGGUAUCACUUGAUCUUUCACAGUUAAACGGGUCUGGAAGCUCUUUGACAUGGAAAGGAAUAGAAAAACCAGGAACAUUUACCAUUUCAUAACUUGAUCCUAAGAACUGAGUAGAUGCAGCAUCAUCGAGGUUUGGAAGAGUGAGAAAGAAAGAGAAUAAAACAGCUCCUGAAGAAAAGAAAAGGUAAGACAAAAGGUUGAAAUGUUUAGCUACAUCGUGUGCAUCGGUUGAAAACAUGCUGCAAACUAAAGCAACAAGGUUCAAGAUUAUGUGGAAGGUCUUCAAUGUUGACUUGGGGAAGAACAGUGAAGUUCAUGUUUGGUGGAAGUGUGUUCAAGAUUGAUUGCAUGGAAGGAGUUAGUGGACCAAGUGUGGGAAUGAGGAAUGUGAUAUGGUACUCAUUGUGAUGUUGGAGUAAUAGUUUUGCAAACUCAACUUGUGGAAUCAAAUGGCUCAAUCCAGGUGAAGGAACCAUAGCAAUGCAUGUUUUGUUCUCCAUGAUAUGUAAUUCAAUUUGAGAUGGCAAAUGAAAAACAAGAUAUCUUUGUAAGAUGGAUAUCUCUUGAA